CACGUAACUUCUGAGGGAUACAUAGCCUCCUCGGUUAGUCUCAAACGCAACUGUUACAUCAAGUCGCUAUAAAAUACCCCUUCGUGAGUGAGAGCCAGGACUUUCCACAGCUUUUUCAAGCAGUACAAGUGCGACGGACGGUAAGGAUCAAACAUGGCGGCGGAACCCAAGGUCAACGUGAGGGUCAAACCCGAGGACUUCGCAAGAAUGACAAAGAAGUUGACGCAUGAGCAGAUCAUGGAGUUCCGUGAGGCGUUCAGCGCGAUAGACCAGGAUGGUGACGGGGUGAUUAGGUCGAAGGAGCUGGGGAAGCUGAUGCGGGCCAUGGGGGAGAACCCCACCGAGCAGGAGGUGGAGGAGAUAGUUGUGCAGCUGGACCUGGACGGUGAUGGAACUAUCGAUUUCCCAGAAUUCCUCAACGUCAUGGUGAAGAGGCUGUUCGCAUCGGAGGAUCAGAAUGAGUGGCUGAGGAGCGCUUUCCGUGCCUUCGACAUGGACGGCAGUGGAUACAUCAGCCUUCCCGAGCUUGAGCACGUGAUGACUGAGAUGUGCGACAACAUCACAGACGACGAAAUCAAAGAGAUGUUUGACCUGUUCGACGUCAACAAGGACGGCAGGCUGAGCUUCCAAGAGUUUUCAACCAUACUGAGAUUAGACGACGACCAAUCCUGGGGACUUACAACUUCAAAGUGAUGAGACUCAAUGCCAAAUCAUCUGUCAACAAUUCAUCAGAAUUACCCGUGAGUGCAGCACGUGAAUAGGGGUCGCGGUGUGCUGUCAACUUCAAAGGGGUUCUUGUGACUCUUUACCCGUGUGCACGUGUUUCACUUUUUUGU